AUGAAUUCAGAAGAGAAACAGUAUGCUGUACUUCAAAAUGUUACUUUUUAUGAACAGACAAACAGUGUCAAUAAUAAUUUUAACCUUUUACCAAUAACUCCCUGUAAUGCAGUAAUUAGCGAUGCUGUGCCAUUACCGUCAACGUCGCAGCCAGUCUGUUUUGUACAGGAUAUCAGAAGCGGUUUGAAUAACGCUGAUGCGGGUUACAGCCAAGUGCAGAGGAGUCAAAUUCGCAACGUCGAUGCUGAGCCUAGUUAUGUACCAAAACCGGUUCGCGAGAACUCUCCUGCUAAGACUGUUACAAACAGCCGAGAAAGUGAUACAAAACCCUCGUUGAGUACCCCUACCGUUCGAAAGCCAACACUGUCAUUCGUUUGUUUGAUCGGGUUAGCUUUCAGAAACAGCAAAGAAGAAUGUCUUGCAGUUAAGGACGUUUAUGAUUUCAUUGAGACCGUCUUUCCAUUCUACCGUACAGCAAGCGUUGGUUGGAGGAGUUCAGUUAGGCAUAACCUUUCGUUCAGCAACUUUUUCUUAAAAGUAGCAACGGAGAAGGCUGCCGGUAAAACACGAGGUUAUAUUUGGCGAAUUAAUCCUGAGAGAGAGCUGGAAUUGCAAAGGUUAAUUGACUGUGCAUUGGAAAGAGAAGAAAGUAAUACUGUCAUUGCGUUAUUCCGACCAGAAUUGUACUCACUCUUACGAACUGGCAACUUGAGGUUAGAUAUACCCAAAAAACAUUCGGAAUUCUUCACUGAUGGUGGAGUAUCGUCAGAGCGUUCAGUCAGUAAUCUGCAACAGAGCCAGACCAUAGCUCUUCACGUUCCUGCACCGCUAGAAACUCCUGAAACACCAAUACGGGAUUCACAAUUCCAGGUGGUAGUUUCACACUUUAUUGGUGCCGCUGCUUCUAAACUUUUUAAUCCACUGCGCCAACAUUUUUGUGGUGCAUAA